CCGUGGCCCACUUCCGGUUAGCUCGGGUUUCCCUGCGAGUCGGCAUUUAAAUACGAGCUCCAGAAGGAGGAGAGAGAGACACCGGCAGCCACCCAUACCGCUCAUAAACACCUAAACCCACCUCAUUGCCCUUCGUCGACUUUUAUUUUUUAAUCCCAAACGAGGCAAACUGACUUUUAUGAGCGUCUUGCCCGUUUUUUUGUCGGAAAGAAGGAUAACGGCGGUUGACAAGAUAACGGCAGCUCAGUGCAUCAUUGAUGGGAUUCCUGUGCUCGCCCACGGCCCCGUAGCGGUAUUACUGCGCUAGGACUGCAUUAUUUUUGACGUUCUUACACUAUAUUGAAUCAAAUCGAGAGCCAAAGCUGUCUUUUUAUCCUUUUUGGAAACGUCAGGGACUUGAAAGAAGCUGGAAGAACCCGGAUGAAGAGAAUGCAAUUAGAGUGUCGUAUGUAAUUGGCACAACAAAACCUUGACAGCUCGGCAGACCACAAGAGCUAAUCGGCAGAAGUGAAGCAGAAGAACAGCAGCCGUCACCAUGUUCAGUUGGCUGGGAGUCGAUGACCGCAGGAAGAAGGAACCAGAGGUCUUCCAGACGGUCAGCGACGGUCUGAAAAAGCUCUACAAAACCAAAUUGCUACCACUGGAGGAGACCUAUAAGUUCCACGAGUUCCACUCACCGGCGCUUGAGGAUGCGGACUUUGACAACAAACCUAUGGUGCUACUGGUGGGACAGUACUCCACUGGCAAGACCAGCUUUAUACGUUACCUGUUGGAGCAAGACUUCCCGGGGAUGCGCAUCGGCCCCGAGCCCACUACAGAUUCCUUCAUAGCGGUGAUGCACGGUGAUACCGAGGGUUUGAUCCCCGGCAACGCGCUCGUGGUUGACCCCAAGAAGCCCUUCAGGAAGUUGAACGCCUUCGGGAACGCCUUCCUCAACAGAUUUGUGUGUGCCCAGCUGACUAACCCAGUUUUGGAGAGCAUCAGCGUGAUUGACACUCCGGGGAUCCUGUCAGGAGAGAAACAGAGAAUCAGUCGAGGCUACGACUUUGCGGCCGUCCUGGAAUGGUUCGCCGAGCGCGUGGACCGGAUCAUCCUGCUCUUCGACGCUCACAAACUGGACAUUUCCGACGAGUUUUCCGAGGUGAUAAAGGCGCUGAAAAACCACGAGGACAAGAUAAGGGUGGUGUUGAACAAGGCAGACCAGAUCGAGACCCAGCAACUGAUGCGAGUGUACGGAGCGCUCAUGUGGUCGCUCGGCAAAAUCGUCAACACGCCUGAGGUGAUUCGCGUCUACAUCGGGUCCUUUUGGUCGCACCCGCUGUUAAUUCCUGACAACAGGAAGCUUUUCGAGGCAGAGGAGCAAGAUCUGUUCAAGGACAUCCAGUCGUUGCCGCGGAACGCCGCGUUGAGGAAGCUUAACGAUCUCAUCAAGCGGGCGAGAUUGGCCAAGGUCCACGCGUACAUCAUCAGCGCCUUGAAGAAGGAAAUGCCGGCGGUGUUUGGCAGGGAGAAUAAGAAGAAGGAGCUUAUCGCUAGCUUGGGAGACAUCUACAAGCGCAUUGAGAGGGAACAUCAGAUAUCGCCUGGAGACUUUCCAAAUCUCAAGAGGAUGCAGGACCAACUCCAAGCUCAAGACCUGACCAAGUUCCAGCCGCUCAAAUCCAAGCUUUUAGAAGCGGUGGAUGACAUGCUAGCUCACGACAUCGCCGGUUUGAUGGUGCUGGUGCGCCAGGAGGAGACGCAGCGGCCCAACCCGUCGGUUAAGGGCGGCGCCUUCGACGGCACGCUGAACGGCCCCUUCGGCCACGGCUACGGCGAGGGCGCCGGCGAGGGCAUCGACGAGGCCGAGUGGGUGGUGGCGCGCGACAAGCCGGCUUACGACGAGAUCUUCUACACGCUGUCGCCCGUCAACGGCAAGGUGACGGGCGCCAACGCCAAGCGCGAGAUGGUCAAAUCCAAGCUGCCCAACACGGUGCUGGGAAAGAUCUGGAAGCUGGCCGACAUCGACAAGGACGGAAUGCUGGACGACGAGGAAUUUGCGCUGGCUAACCAUCUUAUUAAAGUCAAGCUGGAGGGACACGAGCUGCCCGCCGAGCUGCCGGCGCAUCUGCUGCCUCCUUCCAAGAGGAAAAUGGCCGAAUAGACGCGCAAGAUCGACAUUUAGAACUGAAUACAGUAAUAAAAAAGCCUGGUUUCUCCUGGAAAUGUAGCACAACUCUUCAGAUCAAUACAUUUAAUAGUGAACCUGUUACAGACCCAACUUCAAUUAGUAAUAAUCAGCAAGUUUCAAUAUGUUUAAAGCAUGUGAAAAUUAUUGAUUUUUUAAAAUUCUAAUGCUUUUAUGUUAGCAUGAAACAUGAAGGUGAUUAACUUUGUUGGGCCUAAAAAAAAUGAUGUAGCGGGACAAAUCUGCCCCCCUAGAUUAAUAAUUUGACACCUAAAUCAGAUUUUUUUUUUUAUAUAUAUAAAUCUGAUUUAGGUGUCAAACUUUAGGCUCGGGGGCCAGAUUUAGCCCGCAAUAUAAUUUGUUUGAGGCCUGAAAAAGCUAAUCAUGUAAUCAGUUUGUAUUACAGCACCAUCUUGAAAAAAAACUAAAUUAGGUGUCAAACUUUUGAUUGUUUAUUUUACAACAUGGUUAAAAAAAAACAACUGAAGGCUAGCGGACUGAUCCGGACCGCUACAUCAUAUUUUUUGGGGCCCACAAAAGCCAAUCAGCUUCAUGUUUAAAAAAAUUUAGAAUAGAAAACAUUUUUCAAUUGUAACCAUAUGCUUUAAACACAUUCAAUCUUGAUACAACGCACUGUUUAAACUGUUAACCCUCCUGUUACCGGAGUUUUAUCGGGUCAGUUUGUCCCAAGGAAUGUGUCGAAGCGUCGAAAAAUGAUUUAAAAAAUUAAGCUCAGACUCACCCAAUGGCUGCUAAUGACGGCGAUGGACGACAAUGAGAGUUAAAAGUGUCAGAAACUGAAUUUUUGAAACUUUAAUCUAAUUGUAAACAUGUGCCACUAACUUUCAUUAAGACAAGCAAAACACGUUUAAUAUCCCAAAAUACCUAUUUUACAAAAAGAUUGGUCAAUUUAACCUGUAUGACUAAAUAUCCUACUAAGAAAUAACCCCACUAAUAAUUUCACAGCAACAUAUGUGUCAAUAUGUUUCAUAAAUAAAAAUUCAACUUUAAAUUGGGGGAAAAAACAGUUCAAUUUGACCUCUGUGGGUAAACAUAAAAAAAAACAAAAACAAAAACAUCACAAAUAGCACACUUCAUUUCAAAAGAUAUAGUAACAUUUAAAACGGGUCACGGUAACAGGAGGGUUUAAUGUGUACUUAUCUGUACACUAUAAAAAUAAAAACUUUUUUGGUUUUUUUUUGCGAGAGUCGCCAACAGUGGCUGUACCAGUUUCACCAAUGAAAUGGCUAAACAAUAAUCACAUGACUCCAUUAUACCAACCAGACUCAAGCUUGCCGUUCUAUGAUCACGCUGGCCUGUUCAAACACGUGGCGUCUUUAAAGCACGUCAAAAAAUGAAGUAUUUGACAUAGAGCGUUGCCGUCAACAUGACUCGAAAGCGCAGAUUUUAACCUCUCUCCCAGUUUUUAUUUGGCACCGACUGACCACAAAAAAACGAAGCUAUGAUCCUUUUCGGUGUAAUAAUAAGAAAUAUGUAUUCUCCACUAGAGGGCACUCAUGCUCUUUGGACAAAUAAUGCUUUAUUUCUGUAUUUUUUUUCUCUCACCUGAUUUUUUUUUGUAUUUCAUUGGUUUAAUGUGGUUAUGUAAUAGGUUAUAGUCCACUUCUUCAAAGUAUAAUAAUAACAGUUCAUCAAAACAUUGUUUUAAAAUAAAAAUCAAACAUCGUAAGCAGUUACUCACAAUGUUACUCAUUACUUGAGUAUUCUUUUCACCAAAUACUUUUUAACUCGACUACAUUUUUUGGGUGACUACUUUUACUUGAGUAAUAUUAUUCUGAAGUAACGCUACUCUUACUUGAGUAAAAUUCUUGGCUACACUAACCACCUCUGGUCAUAACGCUGGACAGGUAGUCCCCAGGUUAAUUCCGUUCCUACGCAUGUGACGUAACCCGAAUUUCCGCGUAAAUCGGUUUUAAGAACCCCUAAAUACCCCCGUAAAUCUCAAAAUAACGCUCCAAAAACAUGUUAUAUACAUAUUAAUACAACAAAGUAAAAAAAUAAGAUAACGUGAAGUACUAUAAGGUACUGUUUACGCGACUAAAUAAAAAAACGACCGGAGACAAAAUGGCGCACAAAACUAUUGCGUCGUAAAGUCGAAAUCACGUAAGUCGGGGACGUUGUAACCCGGGGACUACCUGUAGAACUACAAUGUUACCCGAAACUGUACUGCAUUGAUAAUCAUUCAAAAACGCUCCCAAUAAAUCAUUUUAAGAAAUAGUACAGAAUGUAGUGGAACCGUUUAGUUUGUAGUUAGCAAACAGCUUCAAACAUAUUUAAACAUACUGCCGUCAAUGGCACUGAAACAGGAUCAUUCACUUAAUGGCUUUUAAAAAUCUUAAGAAACACUGGAAGACUUUUUUUGUCAAAAUGGAUGACUCAACAAUGUGAACAAUGCUGGGUUGUGUAAAAGACUGGAAACCUCAAAGUGUUGAAAAUAAUCGCAGGGAAAUUGUUGUCUUAAAUGUUCCGAUGUUUCGACUGUGACUUAUUGCGCGUGGACACAUCCUGACGUGAUGUAUUAUUGUAAUGAACCAUCGUGUAUUAUGCUAACAUGCUAACUCGCUAACGCUAAUUGACACUACACAUUUAUUCAACUUUAUCAUCGAUGUUACAUUACUGUCGCAAAAUGCCAGUAUAUCACUUCACUUGAAUUGACUCAAAAGUACUAAAAAUGUCUAUUUAGCAUAACGUUUUCAUGCGUCUGAUUGAAUGUGAAUGUAAUGUCUUUCAAGAAAACAAUUUCCGGCACAAUAAACUGCAUCAUGAACAUAAGCAA